AUUCCAGAGCUGGCAGGUGGUAAUGAUAAUCUUUAUUCUACUAUAAUAAGACUUGCGCAAACUUUUGUAGGCUCAAAUAACAUUAAUUUACUUGAACCUGGAGGACUUUUUGGUACAAGGGCAAUUUUUCAUCCUGAUGAUGAUGGAUUGCUAGAACCAAAAUGUCAUAUUCCAAUUAUUCCAAUGGUUCUUGUAAAUGGUUAUAGUACCAAUAUUCCAAAUUAUAACCCAACAGAUAUCAUUCAUAAUUUAAGACAAAUAAUCAAUAGUGAUGAAUUAAUUCCAAUGCACCCAUGGUAUCGUGGUUUCCAAGGCAAAAUAAAACAAAUUGGAGGAAAUAAAUAUUUAUCAUAUGGUGUUUUGACCAAAAUAGGUGAAACACACAUAGUGAUUUCUGAAUUGCCAGUUUGUAAAUGGACCGAAAAUUAUGAAUUGGAACUUGCUGACUUGAUAGCAAAUGGUUUUAUUAAGGGCAUUGUGAAAAAUAAUUGUAUAAAUGAAAAAAUAGACCUUGAGAUUGAAUUGACUCAUCAACAAAUGGAAAAUGCUAAAAAGGAAGGACUUGAAAAAUAUUUCAAGUUGCAAAAUAAAAUAUCUACAUCCAAUAUGAUGUGUUUUGAUUCAAAUAAUAAAAUAAGCAAAUAUAAUACUCCUGAAGAAAUUCUCAAAGAAUUUUAUCAAUUAAGAUUAAGCUUUUAUGAUAAGAGAAAGGUGAGGAAAGAUCUCUGGACAAAAGAUCUUGAUGAAUUAGAAAAAAUAUGGAACACGUUUAUUAAUAAUGACUGGGAAAAUAUGUCACCACCAUCAUCUUCUAAUACAUUUAAUAGCAAAAAAUCUAGGUCUAAAAUUAAUACAGUUUUAAUCAAUAAGAAUGAAAUUAAUAUAAGAAGUUCGGAUUCAAAAAGAAACAUGACAUCAACA